AUGGCCGCCGAUCAGAAGGCCCUGCAGGCAGCGCACACACUAAAACCAGCGCUUUCGCCUUUUUUAUUUUUUGUAUGGACAUCAUGUGAUUGUUGGGUUCUUCUCACAGAUCCAGCACCUGUGCUGGAGGCCUCGCACACCCUGGAAGAAAGGCGGCAGCACCUCAACAGCUCGGCCCCGGACAGCGAGGCUCUGGCGCGGCAGAUCAGCGGGCACUGGAAGAAACACCUGGAGUGCCUUGAAAAGACAGAGCCGUCGGAGGACAGCCCUGCGCUCUCAGGGCCAGCAGUGACCGAGGGGUCCAGCCCCGCGUCCUCCCUGAUGACGCCCAACAGCACGCCGGCCCCCGGGGCCCCAGGCUCCCCUCAGCAGAACUACCAGGACCGAGGGGAGGAGGAGGCGAGCGCCAACGCGGGCUUGGCUGACAGACUAUCAGAGGCCGAGGAGAAGAUCAAGGUUCUGCAUUCAUCUCUGGACGCCGCGCAGACCGAGCUGCUGGACCUGCGGUGUAAAUACAACCAGGAGAUGACCAACAAGGCCGAGGAGGUCAACGCCAUCAUGGCGAACCUUGAGAAAGCCAACCAGAGAGCGGAGAAGGCCCAGAGGGAGGUGGAGAGGCUAAAGGAGCAGAUAGCCAGUGGCCAGAGAGCCACCGCAGGGAGCUGCCAUCCAGCAGAGAGCUCCAGCAGGGGGAAGAGCGAGAACGGCGAGGUGUUGCCCUCCCAGCUGGAGGCUGCCUUGCUGGCUAAAGACCGCGAAAUCCUCCGACUUCUCGAGAACAUUCAGCGGCUGCAGUUCACGCUUCAGGAAGUUCAGGAGACCUCGUCCAAUCAGAUCCUGGAGCUGGAGCGCCAGCUGGCCUACAAGACAGAAGCCAUCGAGAGAUUGGAAGCUAAAUUGCAAACCCAGAUGGAUUAUGAGGAGAUUAAAACUGAACUCAGUAUACUAAAGGUCAUGAAGAUGGCUUCAACCAAUGGUACCUUGUCACAGGAUUCCGCCAAGGCUGCCGAGGCUAUUUUGCUGGAUAAAGAGGCCUUUCUUCCAUCUCACAAAUACCUUGUGGAUAAGGCCAGAGUUUUGCACAGCAUCGAUGACGACCGAUCCGAGGACGCGGGCAGGGAGGCGGGCAGGCCGCCCGGCUCGCGCUCGUCCUCCUCUCACGGGGACGGCCGCGCCUCCCCCAGCCCGGGCCCCCCCGCCCCGGACGCCACCUCCGCCGGCCACGACCCACCCCGCCCGUUUUCCGCGUCGCCGUGCUCCGGAGAGCGGCUGUCCGGGGACCACGUCCUGCACAAGCAGCUGCUCUCCCCUCACUUCAAAAAGGAGGCCCUGGCGGCCUUCCCCACCGCCCUGUACGCAGCCAAAGUCGCCCUCAUGUCGGCCGCCCAGGGGCCCGCGGGGCCGGGCAGCGUCGACGCCGGCCUGCCCAGCGACCAGUCGGAGAGCGGCAGCUCGACCGCGGGGGACGACGACCAGGUGGACACGGCGGAGAUCGCCUUCCAGGUGAAGGAGCAGCUGCUGAAGCACAACAUCGGCCAGCGCGUGUUCGGCCACUACGUGCUGGGCCUCUCGCAGGGCUCCGUCAGUGAGAUCCUGGCGAGGCCCAAACCCUGGAGGAAGCUGACCGUGAAGGGCAAAGAACCCUUCAUUAAGAUGAAGCAGUUCCUCUCCGAUGAGCAGAACAUCCUGGCGCUCCGGACCAUCCAGGUCCGGCAGAGAGGGAGCAUCACUCCGCGCAUUCGAACUCCUGAAACUGGGUCAGACGACGCCAUCAGGAAUAUCCUGGAGCAGGCCAAGAAGGAGAUCCAGUCGCAGAGGGGAGGUGAAGGCAAGUCGUCUCUGAACAGCUCCUCGGGCAGGAGCAGCAACGGGCCCGGCAGCAGCUCCGACGAAACCAUCAAGAACAUCCUGGAUCAGGCCCGGAGGGAGAUGGAGGCCCAGCAGCACACCCUGAUGGAGAUGGAGGCCUGCGGCAGGGCCCCGUCCGCCAACUCAGGGCCUCAGGUAGAGCGCCUCGGCCCGCCCGAGCGCUCCAGGGUCCCGCCUCCACCCGUCUCCAUCAAACAGGAGGAGGGCGGCUGCGUCACGGUCUGCAUGGCCAACGCCAUCAGCAGCCCCCAGACGCCCCUCAGCGUCCUCUCCCCGGCCGCCUUUGUCCAGAACAUCAUCCGCAAGGUCAAGUCGGAGAUCGGUGAGGUGGGCUCCUACUUUGACCAGCACUGGUCCCACGAGCGAGGCUCCAUGGUGAUCAGCGGCGUCGGGAGCUCGUUGCGCUUCAACUCGGUCUCCCCCGCCUUGUCCUCGUCCUCCUCCGGGCCCUCCGCCCCGCCCCGGCACUGGGCCCGCCCGGAGAACGGCGAGGGCCCGCCCAACAGCGAGGAGGCGUCCGCCGCCGAGGACGAGCCGGGCUCAGGCCGGCCGGCGGAGGUGAAGGUGGAGUCGGACACGUCGGUGAGCGGCGAGUCCCCCGGGCCCGGCCCCGGGAGGCUCUCCUACUACCCGGCGUACGUCCCCCGCGCCCUCAAGCCCACCGUGCCGCCGCUGACUCCAGAGCAGUACGAGAUGUACAUGUACCGGGAGGUGGACACGCUGGAGCUGACCCGGCAGGUGAAGGAGAAGCUGGCCAAGAACGGCAUCUGUCAGAGGAUCUUUGGGGAAAAGGUCCUGGGUCUUUCUCAGGGCAGCGUGAGCGACAUGCUGUCUCGCCCCAAACCCUGGAGCAAGCUGACCCAGAAAGGCAGGGAGCCCUUCAUCCGCAUGCAGCUGUGGCUGCUGGACCAGCUGGGCCAGAGCCUCAGCCAGCCGCCGAGCCACGGCCACGCUCUGGAUAAGAGCCCAGUGACGACCCAUUCCUCGCCCUCUCCUCCUCCCAGCCCUGCAGAGAGCCACCCGAGUCCUCUGGUUGAGCCCGUCAGCCUCUCCCUGGAGAGCAGCAAAGAGAACCAGCAGCCCGAGAGCCUGGGCCUGGGUCUGGGUCUGGGAUUGCCCCCCCACCCAGAUGGAAGGAAAUCCGCCCCCGGCCUCAUGGUCCUGCACCCGCCGACGAACCCACUGGGCAUCCAAGAGAUAGUGGCCAUGUCUUCGGAGCUAGACACGUACGCCAUCACCAAGAAGGUCAAAGAGGUGCUGACAGACAACAACCUAGGCCAGCGUCUUUUCGGGGAGACCAUCCUGGGCCUGACUCAGGGCUCGGUGUCCGACCUGCUCUCCAGGCCCAAGCCCUGGCACAAGCUCAGCCUGAAAGGCCGCGAGCCGUUUGUCCGCAUGCAGCUGUGGCUCAACGAUCCCCACAACGUCGACAAGCUGAGGGCCAUGAAAAAGAUGGAGAAGAAAGCCUAUCUGAAACGCCGCUACGGGCUGCUGAGCACCGGCUCGGACAGCGACUCGCCCGGCACUCGCUCCGAGUGCGUGAGCCCGGCGUUGGCGUCGCUCGACCUGUGCCCCUACAGCCAGGCCAAGAAGCCCCGGGUGGUGCUGGGGGCCGAGGACAAAGAGGCGCUGAGGAAGGCCUACCUCCUGGAGCCCUACCCCUCUCAAAACACCAUCGAGAUCCUGGCCUCCCAGCUCAAACUGAAAACCAACACCGUCAUCAACUGGUUCCACAACUACAGGUCCAGGAUGCGGCGGGAGGUGCUGAUGGAGGGUCUGCUGGACAAUGACACAGACGCCGAGCACCACAGCUACUCGCCCUCGGCGACGCGGAGCCCCCGCUCGGACGGCGAGGAGAGGAGGCCGCAGCAGCUCCCGGGACACGUCCACGCCGGCGUGCGCCUCGGCGCCAGCGCCGCGCUUACUCGCGUCAAGCAGGAGGCGACGGACAGGCAGGACGGGAGGGAGGCGGGGGACGAGGACUCCGUUGAGCGGUCGAGAGCCCAGCGCUUCGCCGUGGCGGCGCAGUUCCCGCAGUUGAAGAGCGAGCGCGAGGACCCGGUCGCCGGCGGCCGCGAGCCCCUCUCGGCCGGCCGCGGCCUGAGGCAGGAGGCGGGGCUGAGCAGCCAGGCCCAGGGCGGCCCCCAGAGAACCGUCCUGUCCAGGCGCGAGGGGGAAGAGUCCGGGAAGUCACCCGUGGACCCCGUCAGCUUCAAGGCUUCGUCGGAGCCCUGCCGCGGCAGCCUGGAGGUGUCCCUCAACUCGCCCUCCGCCGCGUCCUCCCCCGGCCUCAUGAUGUCAUUCUCCCCCGUCCCCUCCUCCUCGGCUCCCAUAUCGCCCUCGCUGCCCAAUCCGCCCUCGACGAGCACCAAUCACAGCCUGGACCCUAGCCAGCUGCCUCCCUUCCAAAGCCCCAAACUCAACAGAAGCACUCAGAGACGCAAUGAGAAAAUGGCCAACCUGAAUAACAUCAUCCACAGGCUAGAGAGAGCCGCCAAUCGGGAAGAAACGCUGGAAUGGGAGUUUUAAGUCCCCUUUCACUGUGUUUAGUGCUGAUGACCCUAGCGGGACAUAGGAGAGUCUCACAGAGGACUGGGGCCUGGCUGCUGAGGGCCUGUCCUCUUAGACUGAUGACUCAUAGGAAACGGGAACACAGAACAGAACAUAUGACUGAAGUCCCUCCAAGAACUUGAAGAGUUGGAGAAAAAAAAAAGUAUAAUUGUGGAUUUGUUUUUAUUUUUGGUCGUUUGAUUUUUGUUGUUUUUGAUAAUGCAUACUACUUUGAAGUACAUGUGACAGCACUAGCUGUUGUUUUACCUAUUGGACUUGACAUAAAGACUUUUGCAGCUAUGGUGUCAUAAAAUGUACACUGAAGUUCUGUUGAUUGCCACUGGGUGAGAUUAAAAAAAGACCCCUGUCUUAAGCCAUUAAAAGCACUAUAACUAUUUGAAAAGAGACAUUGACCAAAUUUGCUACUUUUUGAAUAGCAAUUUUUCAGAUUUUGUCUGUUAAACUGGACAGUUUAAGUCAAGUAACAUGAAAUCCUAACACUGACUGAGGGAUAGUCCUUUAAGACUCUAAAUAUUCAACAUCUUGUAUGUACCUAGUUUCUUGGUGAUAUGUUUUGAAAUAUUUGUAACUCACGUAUAAAAUGUGGUUGUACAUGUUGUAGAAUUGUCUGCAAUAGCCUUCUCUAAACCUGAUGUAGCAUGGUACUCACCUGACCCUGUUACCCUCUGUAGUUAGUCACCUGUGAUUAUACUUGAGCAAAAACAACUGAAAAAAAAAGAGUUGAAAACCCUGCAAAAAAUAUGAAAAAAGGAAACGUUAAAUCUAACGAGUAGAGUACGUUAAGUGUAUUGUUUUUUUUCUCCCUUUGUAUAAUCCUUGAGGUUUACAGUUUAGGGCCCUUGUGCUUUCGGUAGUAAGUGAAACAUUUACUGCACAAGAGCACAGUUUACAUGAUUUAUUUCAGACUUACCUCUCUGACCCUGUAAGACAUUGGUUCUCAGACUGUAACGGGCCAAGACACACCUGGUUUACCUCAGAUUAUGUUGAUGCACAUCAUGCUAUGCGACCAUGCGUUUCAUUCUUAUACAUGAACAUGACCCACACUUAUUUUAAUCCAUAGAGGGAAGGCACUCUGUAUUAUGCCUCGGACAUAGUUUGAAUGAGUGAAAUCUGUCUUUUACAAAGAAUACGCUGCUGUUUGAAGAGAUAGGGAGCUAAUAAAUCCGAUAUAUGUGUGUAUUAUGAUCUUCCUCACAGGUAACACCUGAUUGAGUGCACUUUCUCAAAAAGGGUAAUUUAAUGUAGUUAGAAUAUGCGUAGCCGAUCAAACACUGAGAUGAUGUCUAGCCGGCCCGUUUGACAUGAAAGGUUUCCGCCUGUGAAUCUCCCUGUGGGUUGAAAUCUAUCCGAGAGCAUAAUGCAGUAUGACCUCUCGCCAACAUGAAAACAUCCAAUCUGUAAGUAGACUAUAUUCAAGGACACAAAAGGUUACAGGUAUCCCCUCAUAUUAUCUUUGACCACUGGUGUAUCGUGUCUGUAGAAGUUUCUUUGUCAUGCUUGCAAAAUGUUCUUUAUGUAUUUUGCCUCUAUUUUAUACUCAGAACAGUUAACUAGAUAUUCAAUACCUCGUGUAUGAACUACUUACAGCACUUAGAUUUUGAUAAUUGUGAGGACUCAAGAAAAUUUCAAAUAUCAACAUUAUCCUAACUUAGUGUCCACAAGUCUUUGCCUUUACUGUAUCGUCAAAGUUGGUAGUAAAACACUUGCACAUGUCUACAUAGUUCAGAGGACUUGGAUUGUAUUAUGUAGAGAUAUAUAUAUUACACAAUUACUAAAAAAAAAAGAAAAUCUGCUGACAAAAUGUGCUGAUUAUAUUGAAAUAGAGUGUACAGAUUUAAUAAACCAAACCCAUUCAAGCCAGUUCUGGUCUGGCAAGCUUGCCCACGUUUUAGACCUUCUCUCAGGGUAGUCUUGCUUUUUAAAGCUUUACUGAAACAAUUGCGCUCAUCAGUGGUGGUGACUACGAUAAACAUUAUGUGGUGUAGGGGAAUGACUCCGUUAAAUAUUAAAUGGAUCUACGGAGGUUGUGUGUAUACAGGAGAUGCAACUAUCCCAGCAUGUAAUGGAUUGUUGGAGAGCUGUUGCUGUUUUGUAAUUCAUUACACAGACGUGUCAAAGUGCAGUGCGGAUUGGAACUAUCAGGAUGAGGCUGAUGGGUUGCAUUUUUGGGAUCAGUAGACUUUGCUCUCUAAAAUACUUGGUUUUCUCUUGGAGCCACAGAAGAUUUUUCUCUGGUUUUCGUACCACCAUUUUUUGUGUGCAUAAUAUACUGUAUGAUUAGCGGUGGCAUUUCUAAUGUGGAGAUUUCGUUGUUUUUCAUGGUAACAUGGACAUAUGACUGAACAAGAAAUGUAUUUUAAUGCAUUAUCUCUUCAUGUAAAGCUCAUCUCAUGAUUUUGCAUGCGAAUCCAUUCCGGUCUCAUUACAAGGGAUGGGACUGUGUUUUGUGUUGUUGUUCUUGCACAGGGACAUUAAAUCAGCACUUUUUACAUUAUUGAAGUCCAUGCAUGGUACAGCUGAUCAAUUUGGCUCUCACAAAGUCAUGACGAAUCCAGUCCAAUCAGAACCCAAUAACUUACUUGCAGGUAAAUACUGAAAUCAAGAUUAUUUUGUGCCAUAUCAUAUGCCUCAUGCAUUAUCCUCACAGGAAUAAUGCCUUGUGGUAAGGUAGGAUUUAAGUGGGGCGUAGGGCUUUUUGUAACCCAGUAACAAAAACCCUACACAUUGGAUGUUUUUUAUUUUGUAAUUGACAUUAGUCACUAAAUAAAGGCAAUUGGUUAUACAAAAGUUGAAAGAGUUGUUAAUAUGGAAACAAUAUUUACAAAUCUGACACUUGGGAUUUGUCUAAAAGAAAAUGUUUUAUUUGAAAGUCAGCAGUGAGUCAAUAAAGGGAAGUGUCCUGCACACUUAAAUCACUGUCUAACGCCCUGAUGUGUCAGACUAUUAAAUGUUAAAGAAUGGACAAAUGUAUGGCGAGCCUCUUUGAAUUGAAUUUGCAUAUGUAAGCCAUCAUUCAAUACAUAAUUGUUUAAGA